AUGAUGGAGCCUGCGAUCGCGGCCGCUGAUGAAGUGAAAUUCUGCACACCGCCACUGUUCUUUGCCGUCGCCGGCCUUCUGGUGUUCUUUCUCAUCGGAUCUAACCUGUUCAUGUUCGUCAACGCCAACGUCGGAAGCGCCGCCCGUCUGGAGGCCACAGAAGAGUACGAGGGCGUGGUCUCCACCGAAAAUGAGCCGCACAUCAUCGGACGCGCCGUAAACGAGUCCGAGGGGCACGACCACGGGACGGGGGUGCUAUUGAAGCCGCCAGGUUCAAGGAAGAACCCCACCGGGCGCAAGACAGGUCACUCGCCCCAGCUGCUACCCAGCCGGUCACUGGUGUGCGUGCUGGGUGGUCGGACCCAGGAGUACGGCCCGAUGUGGCUCGACGGCUUGUGUGACGUAGCCCUGGUGCCCUUCUACGCGCUGCCUAAGGGUGGCGACACCUUCCUCAACGACGGUGAAAAGGCUACGCAGCAGGUUCUCGACAAGGCCGCCAAAGCGGUCAAGACCACCUACGGCAUCCACGUCCCUCUCAAAGAAGUGCCUAAAGUUAUGGACGACCUUAUACGAAAAAGAGCUCAGAACAAGAUGAGGAACUAUUGGAUGCACAAGAACAUCUACCACUACGCCAUCCUCGACCUGCGAAUCAAGCCCGACGACACCACGCCCCCGGACGACGUUGUGGGCAAAGCCUUCGGAGUGCUUGAGAAGUUUAAAAGUAUCCAGGAGAAUAUCCGCCGGAGGGCGUCGAAAAUGGCGGCGAAGAGGCAGCGCAAGGCGUACGUCAUCCUGGGCACCCAUCUCCGCAUGUCCACGAACAAGGAGUUGUUCAAGGCCCUCGAACACCACGUCGGGUCUUUUCCGAUCAGUGCCUUCGUAGUUCGCACUCACAUCACCCAACGGGAAGCUCUGAUGCUCUCCGACGGAUGCAGUACCGCCGGCCCUGCGCCUUACAAGUUGAAAAAUAAUCUUCGAUUCAUGGGAAUGGCCGGCACGAUGUCGUAUGUCAGAAAUUUCUCAUGGGUGCGGCGCACGCCUCUGGUCGUCUCGUUCACGUUAUGCACGAGCCAAUACCGGUCAAGAGAAGAGCUCCGCGUCGGCGCCAAAUGCCACAACAACGCCACCACGACGACCACUUCCUCUGAGAUGUGCAGCCAAAGGCGGGACUUCUACGGAAACCACGCGAUCGACAAGGUACAGCACACGGCUUACUCGUGGAAGAAGCCCGAUCUCGUGGCCACCUACGACACUGCCGACACGAUGAGAUGGAAGGCAAGUAACCUGCUAUAGUUUUUUUGGCGUUUGCCGA